AUGCCUUUCUCUGCAGUUUGGCUGCUCCGCCGCUCCGCCACGGCUCAAGUGCUCCUCAGUGCCCUGGUGCUCUCCUCGGCGGCCACAGCUCUCCAGGAGCUGAAGGCCACCGGCUGCCCUGAGAGCUGCUAUUGCUCCCUGAGCGAUGACGCCGGCGGCGAUGGCGGGGAGCUGGUGGUGCGCUGCAGCGGCAUGCUCCUCACCGAGGUGCCGAGGAACAUCCCCAACGCCACCCGCCGCCUCUACCUGGACUACAACCAGCUGGCCAGCAUCCCGGCCGACGCCUUCCUGGGACUCCCCCUACUGGCGGAGCUGGACCUCUCCCACAACAAGCUGGCCCGCCUGGAGCCCGGCUCCCUCGCGGCGCUCGGCCCGUCGCUGCAGAGCUUAGACCUGUCCUCGAAUCAGCUGCAGGAGCUGGACCCCGAGGCGCUGGGCGGUCUGCAGUCCAAGACCAACUUGACCGACAACCCCUGGCACUGCGACUGCGCUCUGCAGGAAGCCAUGCCAAAGCUGGAGCUGGAGCCGGCCUCGCUGGCCAGCGUGGUGUGCCACUCCACCGUGCCGGAGGACGCCGGCGCCACGGGAAAGUCCUUCGUCAUGGUGGCCCAGGAGCUCGACCUGUGCGCCGGACUCAAACGGACCACCGACGUGGCCAUGCUGGUGACCAUGUUUGGCUGGUUCGCCAUGGUCAUCUCCUACCUGGUCUACUACGUGCGCGCCAACCAGGAGGACGCCCGGCGGCACCUGGAGUACCUCAAGUCGUUGCCCAACAAGCAGACCACUCCUGAGGAAACCUCCAUCACCACUAGUACCAUGGUCUAGCAACGCCAUAAUGGCACCUUAACUCCCAGUGAAAACCUUAACUUCCAGUGACUCGUGCAAGAACCGUUUGCCGCAGUGUCGACCAAGGCACAGCGCAGUAAACUUAGGCAGCGGUGCGAAGUGG